GUCGUCUAGAUGGGGGGUGGGCUGUAGUGUCAUCUUAAUUCUAGGAUUCUAGGAUUCUAGGAUUCUAAGGCCUUAAAGAGGGGAGAAAAUGUGUAUUAUGUUUAAACAACGAUUUUAGUAUCCGAUAGAUGUAAACAGUACAGUAAGUGUUACAUCUGCUCAGUAAUACAUUAUUUUUAUAAAAAAUAAACAACAACAAAACAAAAAACCAAGUCUUCAUUAGCAGUUCCGAAAGUUUCAAGCGGUGACAUCCCUGAGUUUGCGGUAUCCCGUCAAAUCAUCUACAGUAAAACCUCAGACCAUUCGCGUGUGAACGUGUAGCUCCCAAGUCUUGGAACGAUUGAGUUACAUUUAGAGACGAGGAGUCUUGUCCACUUUAGGAUGCGGAAUCGUUCAAUAGCCAAAGCUUUAUUUUGUCAUCUGCUUACGGCCACCUUGCUAAACACCGGAGGUAUAUAUCCGAUCGUCGUUGUUGUAGAGUUAUUAGUGUGCGUGCCAAUUAUCACACGUGUGUACAGUAAGUACGAUACAAUUGUUAGUGUACUUUUGUCAAAAUAUCACAAGUGUGCACAGUAAGUAUUAAAUAAUUAUUAGCGUACGAGUGUACGUGUCAAUUAUGACAAGUGUGUACAGAAAGUAUUCUAGAAUUGUUAGCGUACUUGUCAAAUAUCACAAGUAUCACAAACAUCAUAAGAACGGAGACCCGUCAUUCAUCAACCUUCGGAUGGCGGCUCACCUAAGAGAGGGACAACUCUGACUUCUACUGCACGUUGUCUUGUGCUACAAAACCAUUGCUAAAGGUCAAGCAAGAUAACUCCAUGAGAACCAUCCCUGGUCGAUAUGUCAUUCACUGACUCAACCCCUGCGACGCCCAUGUAAAUAAAUCCUCUUGUACAUGAACCUUACGUUCACGUUGCGCGGUAAGCUCACAUGUUGUGUGGGGGGGGGGGGCAUCGUUUGACAUGAUGUAGUUUAAGGGAACGACUGUCAAUAAUCUAAACUGGCCGCUAACACCUUCUUUUUUUAAAAAAAACUGAAUAUUAAUUCCUAGGUGAAAAUGGAUGCAUCUCGCCUUCAAAAGAAUUCCACGCCUUUGAAGGUUUUGAAGGUAAGUCUACUGGUCGAUAUGUCAUUCACUGACUCAACCCCUGCGACGCCCAUGUAAAUAAAUCCUCUGUUACAUGAACCUUACGUUCACGUUGCGCGGUAAGCUCACAUGUUGUGUGGGGGGGGGGCAUCGUUUGACAUGAUGUAGUUUAAGGGAACGACUGUCAAUAAUCUAAACUGGCCGCUAACACCUUCUUUUUUUAAAAAAAACUGUAUAUUACUUCCUAGGUGUAAAUGGAUGCAUCUCGCCUUCAGAAGAAGUCCACGCCUUUGAAGGUUUUGAAGGUAAGUCUAUAGGAUGAUAUAAUUCUUUCUUAAAUUUACACUACCAUUACAUUACCGUGAAUUUUACAACUGCCCACAGCAUCAGCAGAAAAUGACAUCGAAUUUUAAUUGAGUUACAACUAGUGCUGGACUUACGCCCUAUGCAACUUACGACCAUUCGACUUUACGACCACAAUCACUUGCCAUACUGUAUUAGGUUUCAGAUUUAUUUCUGCCUCAAUCAUCAGGCGAGCAGCGCUGUCUGCAAUCAUCGGCUAUCGUGAACAUCGAAAAUUAUGAUUUAUAAAAAUAUAUUAAAAGAAAUUUAUGAUAAAAUUUAACAUAAAUAUUUUUAUAACAUCACUUCACAUUACUGUACACAUAGCGUACUCAACUUACGACCAAAUCGUGUUACGACCGGUCUGUCGGAACCGAUCGUGGUCGUAAGUCGAGCACUAGCUGUAUUUACUAUUUCAUUCGGUGUUAAAAUCCCACAGAAAAAUUGUAAGUUAUGAGUAGCAACUGAAUCUAUUCUUAACGUUUGUUGACCUUAUCUUUUGUAUCCUAAGAACCAAAUAACUCAUGCAUUUUUAAAUAUAUGGAUGGACAAUUAAAUAAACUAUUAUGAGUUAUAUCGCUUCCUGAUUUAGGGGAAAAUGUAGUUUAUCUUUACCUGGAGACUGCCGGCUUCUGGAGCUGUACAGUACUGGACGAAGCCUCUGGAGCUGACAUGAGUGGCUACUUCAAAACCAUCAUGCUCAACGACAGUCAACCCCUGGUCAGGGUCAUCCGCGUGUUCAAGAGCUUACCAUCAACGGUCAGUAAUUCUGGUUUGUUAAAUUUCUUUGUUCAAUUUGUUUAGCCCUUGGACUACCAAGAUACUAUAUGUAAUCUUUAGCAUUGUUCAAAAAUACAUAGUAUAUCUGUAUAUUUUGAUCUUGUGUACAAAAUCCUCAGUUAACUGUUUCACUAUAUCUAAAACAUUUUUUUUUCUUUCAUUGAAAUGGGAUCAGUGUUUUUAAAGAUUGUUCAAACACCAUUUAAAAAAAUAAUAUAGCACCCAGUCAUGCGGCAUGCAUACACGAACACUGAUUCCACACAGUAAUUGUUCCCGUUUUUCAGGGCAGACAUUCGUUCCGGAUUCUUCAAAUAACGUGUCAUUGUACAGUCGAUGGAGCAUCCAAGGUGAGUGGUCACUUUAUUUAA